AAUUAUACAAAUUAAAUUUAGGAAAGCGCCCCCCGAGUACGAUAAUGUAUAAAUGAAUACUUGUUGCAUGACUUGUAUUAUUUGAUAUCUAAUCACUAAUCAGUUAAUAAAAUUAUUUGAGUGAGUUAAUUGUUAUUAACCAACAUGUCUGUAACACAUUUAACGACUGGGUCACAACAACCACUCAAAGUGGAUGGAAAACUACGACUUUAUUCGGCCGAAUUUUGCCCAUAUGCCCAACGAGUUCGAUUGGUUUUAAAAGCUAAAAAUAUACCGCACGAUAUUGUUAAUAUUAGUCUCUCGCAUAAGCCGGAAUGGUACUCAAAAAUCCACCCUGAAGAAAAAGUACCAGCACUUGACACCGGCACAAAAAUCAUCAUUGAAAGCCUUGACAUUGUGGAGUUUCUUGACGAGCAGUACCCCAAAAACCCCCUAUACCCCCUUGAGCCUGAAGCUAAAAAACGUGACCAAGAACUGGUCAAAAAACUAUCACCCCUUAGCGACGCACUUUUCAAAUGUGUGUUGAGCCACAAAGUCAAAACUUUGGGGCAGUGUAUGGCCGAACUCGUGCCCCAAUUUGAGAUAUUUGAGACGGAGUUAGCAGCGAGAGGGAGCCCCUUUUUCGGGGGGCGCACACCUGGAAUGGUUGAUUACCUGUUGUGGCCCACUUGCGAACGUCUGGGUGUGUUAGCGAUUGCUUACGGCGAACAAUUACCUUUCGACGAAAAUCAGCUUAAAUUUUUGAAGAAAUGGAACAAGGCAAUGUUUGAAAAUCCAAUUUGCCAGGAAACUUACCACGAACCGGAAGAACAUUGGAUUGUUGUCCAACAAAAAUUGAAUUUUUUAAAAACGAAAUAACGUUUUGAUGAGAGAAAGUGUUUGGGCGAAUCGGAGCGCACGUUUGCUUGCGUAAUAACAUCUCAUUACAUUACAUUAUUGUAAAUUCCGAUCGAUUACAUAAUAAAGCAUUUUGAGUUCAAAUGAAAUUCCUCGCGCCAAAAACCGUGCGCAUGCGUUUUAGCUUCGCCGUUCAAAUUCUAGUCGUCUGCGCACGUUUUCCGGUUCCGCAAAAAUGCCCGCCCUCCUCGACCGCCAUUAUCAUUUCAUCAAUGGCUAAGUAAAGUGUAAUUAAUUUUUCUCCUCGGCUCAUCGCAUUGUCAAGAUGUCGGACUAGCGUUUAAAGUUUUUGCACACGCAAGUGUGCCACUACAACCUUCAAAAUG